AUGCCCGCUUCCGAUGAAGCUCUGGACCCAUUCAGCAAAUGGACGGUGGGCAACUCAGGGCUCUACUUUACAGCAGUCCUGGCAGUCCUGGUUGCGUCACGGAGGAGCGACGCAAAUCCAGGCAUGUUCUGCGGAAACAGACGCUUUCGAAGUCGCUCUCCGCCGCGGCGGUGCUGCGCCAGGCCAGGCCGCGGCCUGCAGCAGGCUGUGCCAAAAGCUCCUCAGGAGACGAAAGAAGCCUGCUUGGCACCAGCGCGGGUUCAGAGGAGGUCCAGCAAAGAUGUGGCUCCGGAUGGUGGGUACGCGGCGUUCAAGGCCCGCUUUGAAAAGGAGUACGCGCAGCAGCAGAGGGCCAGCUGCCUGGCACUCAGCCGCCGGCAGCGUAUGGUGGCCGAGACCCUUCAGGCGGUGCGCGACUCCUGGGAGCCCGACAGUCGCCUGGCCGCUGCAGCCGCAGCAGAGGCUGAGGAGGUCGCCCGCCUCUUCCGCACCCCUGCCGCGCAGCGGGCCAGCUGCUGCGACCUUGCUCGCCCGAGGGUCCUGGAGCCUACAGACGAGCCCGAGGCACCUCAUGAUGUCCCGCGCUCAUGGGCAGAGCAGCAGGCCCAUGCCCGUGCUUUGGCGGAACCCCGGCCUCUGCCCCAGCAGCCCGAACCAGCGCCAGUACCCUCGAGGAGCGUGUCUGAGCAGCAGCGCCACUGUGCAGAGCUGGCCCAGCCAAAGCCGAGGGCCUUCACGGAAUCGCUGCCAGGAUCAUCCGCUGCCUGGCGAGAGGAGCUGGCCUCGCGUGCCGCUGCCAUGGUGCCCGAGGAGGUGCAGGCGGCCCGGUCCCUCCUGGCCACCAUGCGCUCGCGGCCCCGCUCGGCAGCAAAGAAGCGACCGGCAUCGGCAGCGAAAGCCGACGAAGCCGUCGGGGAGCAGCUUGCGGAGCUGAAAGCCAUGGUCGAAGAGGUGCUCUGGGUGGUGCUCCUGCAGGUGCGCAGCUGUCCGAAGCCGCAGUCCUGCACUGGGACGGCGCCUAGUGGCUUGGGGGCCACCGCGCUGGAGGAGCGGCUGGGCAGCCUCCUCACAGCGCAAGUGGGACCUGCUCUCCGGCCUGUCGCCAAGCGCCUCCUCGGACCUGGUCAGGGUCUGCCGCGGCGAUUGCGUGCAGAGUUCCCAAAGUUGGCGCGGCACCUUGGCUUCCGUGAGUCGGAGGACCCUGAGCCGUUGCCAACAUUGUGGCAGCAGGAGGAGGUGUCCCUGCACCUUGCGAAAGUGCGCGAGAGCCGCGACGAGCUCUUGUCCAUGGACCUCACGAAGGACGCCAUUCUUCGGCUCGCCGACCUGAAGCUGCACUGA